AUGCACCGACUGCAGCGCAGCGUGGCCAACGCGCUCGCGUUGUCGGCCCCUCGCGCCGCCUCUCGCCCGCGUGCCGUCAGCACACAGCCACAGCAGCAGCAGCAGCAACGCGCCGUCUCGAUGCUGUCCAACCUGUCGCUGGCCCCCGAGAAGCCGCUGCCGCCGCCGCGUGUGGUUCCUGCAGCGCAAGCGGUGCACGUGACGCCAUUGGGGGACUUGGAGCUGCAGCUGCUGUCCCUGACCGACGACGACAGCGACGCCGCUGCUGCUACAAGCGAUCUCGGGACGAUUACGAUGGACGGAGAAGUGUUUGGCGCGCCGGACCGCGUGGACAUUCUGCACCGCGUCGUGCGGUGGCAGUUGGCGUGUCGGCGCGCGGGCACGAACAAGACCAAGACGCGGUCGGAAGUGAGCGGCUCGACGCGCAAGCCGUGGAAGCAGAAAGGGUCGGGACGCGCGCGUGUGGGGGACAUCCGCGCCCCGCAAUGGCGCGGCGGGUACCGUGUCCACGGCCCCGUGCUGCGCGAUUUCUCGUACAGUCUGCCGAAGAAAGUGCGCGCCAUGGGCCUGCGCGUUGCCUUGUCGACGAAACUGCGUGAGGGAAAGCUCGCGGUUGUGGACUCGCUGGACGCGAACGUCAGCAAGACAAAGGAGAUGAAGCAGUUGCUAGGUCGUCGUGGAUGGGACCACGCGCUGUUUGUAGGCGGAGAGCAGGUUGACUCGAGCUUCUUGUUGGCGACACGCAACAUCCCGCACGUCGACACGAUUCCACAGCACAAGAUCAACGUGUACUCGAUCUUGCAGAAAGACUUGCUGAUCAUCACGAAAGGCGCUGUCAAGUACCUCGAGGAACGUCUGCACGUCGACUAG